AGUUCAACGAAACAGAAAAUCAAAAUCCGAAUAUAAAUACAAAUUUCUCCAACAGAAGAAGCAAACUUCAAAAAAGCUAAAAGCUCUCACAAAUUCGAUCAUCUUCAUCUUCAACAAUGUUUUCUAGAUUCUUCCAGAAAUCAUCACCGCAACAAUCUUCAACGCAACAGAAUGUGGUGGAAAGUAGUGUUUCUUCGGUGAAAUUCGAUCCGCGAGUUGUUCUUCACUAUGGAGUUCCAUCGACUGCGUCUAUUCUUGCGUUUGAUUGCGUUCAACGGUUAAUAGCAGUGGGAACACUUGAUGGUAGGAUAAAAGUAUUUGGUGGAGACAAUAUUGAAGGGAUUAUGAUUUCUCCUAAGCAAACAUCCUUCAAGCAUUUAGAGUUCUUGGAAAAUCAAGGUUUUCUUGCUAGCGUUUCAAGUAAUAAUGAAAUACAGGUUUGGGAUUUGAGAAACAGGCAAAUUGCUUCUGCUUUGCAGUGGGAAUCCAUCAUAACUUCUUUCUCUGUUAUAUACGGCACCAGUUACAUGUUAGUUGGAACUGAGCAUGGGUUGGUGUAUGUGUUGAAGUUUGAAUCAGAAGACAGAAAAGUUAAUAUAUUACCUUAUUAUGUUCCAACAAAUGUUAUAUCGGAAGCAGUUGGAAUGUCACUUGAUAAUGUUUCAGUUGCCAGAGUUCUUCAUCAACCUUGUUCUAAUGGAAAGAGACUGUUGGUCGCAUAUGAGAAUGGUGUGAUGUUACUCUGGGAUGCUUCAGAAGAUCGAAUAGUUCUCAUCAGAGACCACAAGGACAUCGAAUUGAAGAGAAAGAUAGUGGCUAGUUAUUCAGAUGAUCCUAAGGAUGAACAUUCUGAUGAUAAAUUAAAACAUGAAGAAGAAGAUAAGGAAAUAAGCUCUGUAUCUUGGGCAUCUAAUGACGGAUCAGUUGUCGUCGUUGGAUAUGUAGAUGGUGAUAUAAUGUUUUGGGAUUUGCCUACUGCUGACUCUCCAAUAGAUCAAGAUAAAAAAAUGUCAAAUAAUGUUGUCAAGCUUCAGUUAUCAUCAGCAGAUAGAAGGCUCCCUAUUAUUCUCCUACACUGGCAUGCCAAUAAAACAUUGAAUAGAAGUGGGGGUGAACUUUUUGUCUAUGGUGGCAAUGAAAUUGGGUCUGAAGAAGUUCUGACAGUUUUGAGCAUUGACCGGUCUUGUGGGAUAGAAAGUCUCAAGUGCACUGGCCGUAUUGAUGUUGCACUUCGUGGUUCUUUUGCUGAUAUGGUUUUGUUGCCUAGUGAUUGCCAUGCAGAGGGAGAUUGUGAUAUGCUAUUUGUAUUGACGAAUCCUGGACAACUGCAUCUUUACGACAAGAAUUAUUUAUCUUCUUUGAUGUCUGAGAAACAAAGGAAGACUUCUUCCCCCACAAUGCAAUAUGCCAUCGUCAUUCCCACUCUUGAACCACAGAUGACAACAGCAAGGCUUGACGUUGUAUGCCAAGAUGUGAAGUCAUUUACAGCCCUGUCUGAGAUUCUUGUAGCUGCAAAGCAGCAUUCAGUACAAAAUCAGAGAAGUGCCGAGAUAAAAUGGCCUUUGGUUGGUGGUGUUCCAGGUCAAAUUUUAAAAGAAGACCAUCUUUUCGUUCAAAUAUACAUAGCAGGUUACCAAGAUGGAUCUGCUCGGAUAUGGGAUGCUUCAUGUCCUGCUUUGUCACUUGUUUACAACAUAAAACCCGAGGUAAAUGAUGUUAAAAUGGGCAGUGCAAGUUUUGCAGUGUCAGCAUUGGAUUUUUGCCCGAAUAGUCUACAUCUGGCUGUUGGUGAUGAAAGUGGUGUUGUUCGUCUCUAUGGGCUAAGAAGGAGCUCAGAUGACAUAAAUUUGCAUUUCGUGACAGAAAAUGGAACCGAAGUUCAUAAUGUGAAUCAAGGGGAUGGACCUCAUUGCAAAGCAGUGUUUUCCCUUCAAAAUUCUGCUGUAUGUGGGCUACAGUUUGCAAAUCUUGGAGGGAAGCUUGUAGUUGGAUAUGAACAUGGGCAGGUGGCCAUGCUUGAUACCAUUACAUCAUCAAUUCUGUUUCUUACAAGUGCUGAAUCUCCCACGUCUGCAGUAGUUUCUAUGAAUGCAAAAUUUUUAGACACGUCUAGCUUAAACAUUCCACAGGAAUCUGUAUCUGAUAUUUCUGACAACUCUGCAAAGGGGCUAGUGUUCAUUAUGACAAGGGAUGCACACUUGGUUGCGAUAGAUACUGAAACAGGGAAUAUGGUUUGUAAUAGGACAAUGAGCCCAAGAGUAAACUCGAAUGCAAUUUCAAUGCACAUUAUAGAUGGUACUUCUGAAAUAUCUGCUGAAAAACUGCAAUCCCACUCUCCUCAGCAGAAUGAUUCUGGAACACAAGCUAACAUUCAAUCUGAAAAUACACAAGACAUAGUUGAGACUAUUACUACCAUUGAAAAUUCAUACUUUGAGCAGAUAGUAUUGAACUCGCUCGUUUUACUUUGCUACGAGAGUGAAUUGAGCUUACACUCUUUGAAUAUUGUGAUUGAGGGUAGCAAUAAGUACAUAAGGAAGGUAACCCUUGUAAAAGAAUGCUGCUGGACUACUACCUUCCGAAAAGAUGACAAAGAAUGUGUUCUGGUUGUUCUGUACCAAACUGGAGACAUUGAGUUAAGGUCCUUACCUAGUCUGGACGUGUUGGGAGAAAUCUCUUUAAUGUCAAUCCUAAGAUGGAACUUGAAGACUGACAUGGAGAAGACAAUAUGUUCUUCAUCAAUUGGACAAAUAGUUCUGGUCAAUGAAAAUGAAGCUGCUUUCUUGUCCCUGUUGUCCUGUGAAAAUGAGCUCUGGAUUCCAGAGUCUUUUCCUUGUCUUCAUGAUGAAGUUCUUGCAGCUGCAGUAGAUGUUACAGUGAGCCUAUCUCCAAACCAAAAUCAAAAACAGGAAGCACCUUCUAUCUUCCUUAAUAUAGCUAAGAACUUCAAAUCGAGGAAAGCCGAUCACGAUACAAAUCAAGCAGAUCAUAAUAAUUAUUUGGAAAAUUUAGAAAAAUGUUUCUCCAGUCCUCCAUUCUUAAAGCCUUCUUCAGGGACCGAAGAUACGCAGGAUGGUUUUGAACUUGACAUAGAUGAAAUUCAAAUUGAUGAGCCUAUGGCUUUUUUAUCGUCUCAGAAAAUCAAGAUUGACAAGAAAGAAAAAGCAGAAGAAACAGACAGACAGAAGUUACUUGAGGAGUCCUCCACUGACGCAAAACCAAGAGCUAGAACAACUGAAGAAAUUAAGGCUAAAUAUAGAAAGACUGGGGAUGCCGCAGCGGCAGCUGCACUUGCAAGGGAUAAGCUUGUAGAGCGGCAAGAAAAACUCCAGAUGCUCAACGAUCAUACUGAAGAGUUGCAGAAUGGGGCACAAGAUUUUGCUUCCAUGGCAACUGAACUUGCUAGAAGAAUGGAAAAUCGUAAAUGGUGGCAGCUAUAAAGUUGCAUGAUUUCUUGUAUUCAUCGACUUGUUCUGCCGCAAUCCCUUAGAAGUUGAAAUUCUGUCUACACUUUGGCCUCACUUGUUUUGGAUGGUAGCUCUGAUUCAUUUGCUUCUUUAGGCUUGUUAGUGUAAUAUUUAUCUUGUUUAAGUGUAGUUUUAUUAUUACUGUCAUACUUUGUAUAGCACAUUAUUUUGUAUAUAUAUAUAUAUCAGCCUCAAUAAGUUGAGCAUGUAAAGGUAAUUUUUUUUAAA